AGGCACCACGCUCCUCGGCUAUUAAAGUUUUCCGAUAUGCGUAUCAAAAGUGAUCGUUAAAAAUAAAAUAUGGAACAAAAUGCAGUCGGUUCUAGUGCGUUGAGUGAACAAAAUAAUAUAAAUGGAAGUGAAGUUUUGGAUGUUUUUGUUGGUGAUACAUGUGCAUUUGGCGAUCAGUGGUCGGGGCGCGGGAAAAAGUACCCGUCAUCGUCGCGGUGACACACAGGAGGUUAAAGAACCAUCAGAAUUCCUGACCGUACCAAAAACAGACCCAGAAGACUACUUUCUACCGCCGGCUUUUACUCACGAAGAUGCCGAAGAAGAUGACGAAGAGUCCUACGAUUACGACUACGACAAAGAAACUAACUACAAGGAUUCACCAGAUGCAACUUCCGAGGAAAACCAGAGUGUGCCAGAUGAUAAGAUACCGCUGCACACGACCAAAGACAACCUACCCAUGUUCCUAUUGGAACCAGAGAACACUUAUGUGGUAAAAAAUAAACCCGCUACGCUGAAGUGUAGAGCGGCAAAUGCGUUGGAAGUAUACUUCAAAUGCAACGGCAUCAAGACCCAAGCGUUGAAUUUCGAGUUCGUGGACCCGCAGACGGGGGUCCGGAUUAUCGAGGGCGAGCACGCGGUGACCAGGGAACACGUGGAGGAGUACUUCGGGGAAGACAAGUUCCAGUGCACCUGCUUCGCCUGGACCAGCCGCGGACAGAUUCGCAGCCAGCCGGCGACUAUUGAGAUCGCUUACAUAAAGAAGCACUUCACCCUGGCGCCGCAGUCACAACUGGCAAAACAAUACACGCCGGUGACCUUCCGUUGCGAGGCCCCCGCCGCGGCCCCCUUCGCCCAGCUCUACUGGCUGAAGAAUGGUGCCCCAGUGGUCCAGGACGACAAUGUCCAAGUGUCGAAAGAGGGCAGCCUUGUCAUCAAACAGGCGUCGCUGUUGGACAUGGCGAACUACACGUGUGUGGCGGAGAACCUCGCCGGCAAACGCAUGUCCGAGCCCGCGCUGCUUACAGUCUUCGUAAAUGGUGGCUGGACAGCCUGGUCGGCAUGGGGCGACUGCUUCUGCCCCGGCCAGGCUCACUCGCAGGAGAGGGGGCGCCGCAGAAUACGCUCCUGCACGGCGCCGCGCCCUCUCAAUGGUGGUCAGUCCUGUGUGGGGCCCAAUGUGCAGAAGACGCAGGACUGUCUAGAAUGUGAUCUAGACGUAUACGUGGAUAGUUUGGAUGAGCUGGCCGAUGAGUCAUCUGACGUGAUCAUGGGUCGCUGGUCGCAAUGGUCGGAGUGGUCGCACUGUGACUCCGACUGCCUGCAGACUCGUCGCCGGCGGUGUCUGUCCAGCGCCGCCUGCCUCGGCAAGGACUACCAGGUGGCGCAGUGUCCGCUCUGUGUGCGGACGUCGAAGACGGAUCACCUGCACCAUGGUACCUCCUACUGGCCGCUGCUGGUGGCUCUGUCGGUAGCCUUCCUCAUAUUCAUAGUGGUCGUCAUACUGACCAUCAAGUACAUGAAGAUGAAGAUUGCCGAGACGUCGCCUUACGCGAAACCGCUGCCUGGCUCCAACUACUUCGGCAGCGUGAUGAAGCGGACUCUCACCAACCAGCCCGACCUCACCAUCCACGAGGAGUUCCACGUCGACCGCCGACACGAACACCUGUAUGAGGUGCCGCAUCUCGCUAACAGCUACGUGGCGCCGGUAGACCACGAGGUAAGGGCGGCGGGCACCGCGGGGUCAGACCACUCUGACUCCAGCUGCUUCCUGAGCUCGGGUUCGUCAUACGGCAACGAUAGUAUAGAGAUGUCACCUUCUUUGAAAAACAACGCGUCAGUUGAUUCCAAACUGAGUUACCUGGAGGCUGCGACGUCCAAAAUAGUAGGCGGUGAUGGGGAUUGGCUGAAGUUGGAGAAGUGUGGGGUGAGCCUCUUCGUUCCUGAUGGGGUGGUGGAAAAGGAGGAACUGUUCUCCAUAGAAGUGACUGACGAGGAAUGGAACAAGCCGAUAUUGCAAGAAGGUGAAACGCAACUGAGUCCCGUGAUACGAUGUGGUCCGAAGAACUUCCAUUUCCCAAAAGGGGUGAUACUAACGUUCCCCCAUUGCGCUGCCGUCAAAAACUCAAGCUGGACGCUUUCAGUGCUCCAGAAACCUGAAGAAAUUAAUACAAGGGAAUGGAGAAAGGUAUUAACGCUUGGACAAGAGACGCCAGGAACGCCGAUCUUCACCCAAGUAGAUCCAUCGAAAGCGUACAUCGUGUGCGAAUUUCUUACCGACUUUGUUCUCGUUGGUCGAAGUUUUGACGGAUUAGAUGGUAAGUUGCUAAAGAUAGCCCUCUUCCUUAGCAAACGCCUGGAUGGAUACUACAACUUACAUGUACGAGUGUUCAACGACACCCCCUAUGCUUUCCACCAUUGCUUCGAGACCGAAAAGCGCUCCAAUGGGUUCCUGCUUUGCGAUCCCAAAACGAUGUACUUCCAAGAAAACUGCUCCGAUUUGUGCAUCAAUGUCAGGGACGUGGGAGCGGGGUGGAAGAUCCAAUCGGAAGGCCGAAGCGAGCUGUCCUUUUCGCACGUAUGGAAUAUGAACAUACGCUCCCUUCAUUCGGUGUUUCUACUCCAGCAGCUAGACGCGAUGAAUUGCCUAGAUCUUAACGUGACGAUCUAUCAAAAGCAAAACCAAUCAAAUCCGGUGAAUUUCAGUUUAAAAACGAACGAUUUCAACUCGCAUUUCAACUGCAAUAAACGGUUCAGCUACUCGGGCGUGGAAAUGGGUUACAGCAUCAAUAUCUUCGAAAAUCCGUUUAAUUACUCCUCCCUGACGAAAAAAGAGGGGAGGUACGACUACGUGUAUCGACGGGACGCGCACAGGAACAGCUGUAGUCUCGACAAUAGCUACUAUAGGAGCAAUGUUUUGACCAAAUCGGACCGAGUGAUACUCUGCAAGCUUCUAGAUGGGCUAUCCUCGAAAGGGAACGAUUGGAGGAUGCUAGCCGAGAAAUUAAAGUUGACGUCCUUCUACUAUUAUUUCUCGAAUACUUGCUCGCCGACGGAGGAUAUUUUGAAUCUGUGGAUAUGUAGGAACAAUGAUGUGAACAUGUUGGUCAGUUUGUCGCGAAUCUUUCGGGAGAUGGCCAGGAUCGACUGCGCGACCGUUGUCGAGAGGCGAUGCUUUCCAAAUUAAGUCGGCGCGUGAACGGACAUUUUAUUUAGUUGGAUUAUACCAAAUUGUGAUACACUUUAUGUAAUGUUCGGAUAUAUUUGUUUAGACAUUUUACACUAUAAUUCUAGUCAUAAAUUAAGAGAUUAACAACGAUGUAUCAGCGAAUUAUUUUAUGUCAUUAAGUUAGCACCUUUAAUAUUAGUUUAUUCACUACAACUCCGCUUGAGUAUUUCAUUAAUUUAGUAAGUAUACUUAGAUGAUAAACGGCAAUGCAGUGCACAAUUUUUUACUAUAAGUUUAAGCGUAACUUACCUUAAUUUUUUUCUCUGACGCUCUGGACCAUAGUCUGGAUACUCCUUAAUUUUUUCUAGCCAGAAACUAAACACCCUUACUAAUAAACAUAUCCACACCAGCAAUGCGGAUGUUAUACAUUAGUUACAACUACUGUUUUACAAAACACAAUGAAUUGUAACAUCUAAUAUAGAACAGUGUCACAGA